AUGUUCAUCGAUUCGAAGCCGACAUCUCUGUUCUCCGGCGCCUCUCGUAGCUCGAGAAGCUCCUUCGCCGAGAUGGAACAUCCGAACACUCAAUUGCGGCGUCCACCAGCUGCCCUGAACCCUUCAUCGUCAUCUCUCAGUUUGAACGGUUUCGAGAAGUCGGCUCCAUCUUUUCAAUCAUUUAUAAGAAGGACUCCGACACCGAAUCAAGAGAAACCUCUGCCACCAGUCCCUAUAGGAGAAACUUCAGGAACGUCUCCAAUAUUAGUUCGACGUACUUCGAGUAUCUAUAGCCGCACUGUCUCACAAUAUGCACCGACUCCUGAAUCAUGGAGGCACGAGGAACAUUUAGUGCCGUCCUUUUUCCUGCAGCCGUCUGUAUAUAGCUUAAGUACUCCCGAGCUCACUCUGGGAGACACACCGCAGUCAACUGUACCACCAAGGCCGUGUGCACCGCUAAUCACCAGUCCAUCGCCAAGUCCCAGUCGCGAUUCAACACCUUCACCACCUCCAGAACGCUUCUGGCAAGAGAAGCUUCUGCCCCCUUCGCCCCAAAUGUUGCGUAUAGCGACUCAACACAUCAGGACCGUGUCAUUAGACAAGGCAAAGGCUGCUUUGCGCUCGCCGGGAGUGCAGCAGCUUCUUCCAGAAGAGAUGAGGGCACUAGCUGCAGCCAAAAGAACACAUCAGCAACACAUAAUACGAGGCAGCAGAUCGUUCGAAGGUAUUGUGCCUUUGCGGACCCCGGUGCUGUCUCCCGUCCUUCCGAGUCCUAGCCUUCCAUCACCAACCACGUAUGACUGGCCUUUGCAAGCAAACACCGACCCUGACAAGCACGAAUCAAAGUUGUCAGACGAGUACUUCCAAAUGAACGACGAGAAACGAAUGUCAAUGUCACCAGUUGAGAAACAGUUGAAGACUCAAAUCGAAAUAUCGAUCACCCAUCCGUCAGAGCCUCCAAUGACGGAUUACGAGCCUCGUGGCAGGUCUCGUCAACAGUCACGAACAGGGUCUAGCAGGCGAAUCAACGACUAUGAGAGUAAGGUUAUUGAUGCCUACGAAGACAGGUCCCUAGAUGUAACCUCAAAUGAGAGUUUGAUGGAUGAGGCUAAACGACUGGCCAAUGAAUACCAUGCCUUGUUCAAAGAAGACGCCAGAACUGCUGGUUUCAGAAAACACAGCGCGUCAUCCAACAGUAUCAAGGAAAACAUGAAGCUUAUACCACAGCCACUAUUCUUCAACCCUAGACAAAUUUCCAAACAGCGAGAGCUGGAGUAUCAGAAGAGCCGCAACAAGGCUUACUCGCCGGCCGCGAGCCGAUCUCCUGAUCCACGGACGAUGCCUCGCGAGCAGCGAAACAGCCCUCACAGGAAAGAGCGCCCUCUCAAUUUCCCUUUCAAGCUUUCCCUGACGCCAGAGUCUACGGGCGCCAGGCAUCGUCGCAGCACAAGUGGCAGCAUACCCAUUUCACCGCCAUUCUCUGGACGUGAGGCAACAAAGACCAAAGACUUGCCACCCUCUGUACAAAGGAAACAAAGCAUCGACGACUCCAACCGCUUCUCAGCCUUCUAUCAUCGCAUCAACGCCGACGCAGAGCAACUAGCCAGGGAAUACAACAAGCCUGGCAAUAAGGUCACCUUCGAAAUGAACACGCUGCCCACCAUUUUCUCACAUCCGUCAGAUGAGACCGCCCGUUCCUCACAAGCAUCACCUUAUGGUAAGAGGAAGCAAUCUUCCGAUAGUGGAAUGAGCAGUGUAGCGUCUUCAAAGGGCUCGAAAGCUCCGUUGAAAUCAUUGACGCACAAGGUGACUUCAGUGUUCGGUCACCAUGUUCGCAAAUCCUCAGUCAGUGCGGUUGAAGGGUUGUCAAACCUUGUUGAAAACUUCAAACAGCGAAGACCUUCAUUCCCAGUAAUCAGUGCACCGCAACCAAUAUCAGCGGCCGAAGCAUAUGACCCUUUGCGGUUGCAGACAUCGUCGUCUGCAGCUUCCAACACUGCAAAGAAGCGACCAAGUGUGUUUGCAGGGAUCAAGGAUCACAGACGGGAGAGCAAAGCGAACAAGCGGAGGGAGGAGCUCAAAAAGACAAUCAAGAUGGUGCCACUGGAAGGAGUGCCUCAAGCGGGCGGCAAAAAUAGUCAAUGGCUUUAG